AUGGAUGUCAUUCACCAUAAAGAGUACCAUGUUCGCAACCUGUCCACCAGAUCCGUUACCCUCUCUCCCAGCAGGGCUCAGAUCGUUCGAGAGCUCAAGAGCCUCCCUCUGAGUCCUGGAACCAAUGAGAUCACCAUCAUAGGCCUGACCCCGACGGUCGACGAGUCUACAAUCAAGGUCGAUGGCACUGGCUCUGCCGUCAUCACCGACAUUGCGGUGGAACUGCUGCCCAACCGCGACAUCUUCGAAGACAUAUACCCGGACUCGAGCGAUGACGCGUCAGAUGCCGAGUCUGAUCACGACGAGAAUGUCGACGAGCCGCCAGAGUUGCCGGAGCUCAGCAACCUGCGUUCCCGGCUGCGGCAGCUCCGAGACGAGGAGCGCCGGUCCAAAGAAUUCGUCGAAAGCGCCGCCAGCCGCCUCAAGAUCCUCGAUGCUUAUGGAAAGUCGCUCGACCGCAAGAAGAGCAUUGACAUAGUCGAGAGCAUCGAAACCUACCGGACAGAGCGGGAGAGGAUCUUUCAAGAUCACGCGGCGGGACUGGCCCAGGGCCAGGCGAACGCGAAGCUCUUGAGCGCUGCUCUCAAGGAAGAAAGCCGCCUCAUGAAGAAACAGGAGAGGGAGGCGGUCGAGGCUGCUCGCGAGAGAGAAAGGGCCCGUAAGGAGAGGGCCAAGGAGAAGCAGAAAGACGCGAAGAGGAGAGAGGAGCGCCGGAGGGAAAAGGAACGCAUUCGAAAGGAGCGCGAGAGCUUCUGGCCAAGGGUGUGCUACUCCGUUCGAGUCACCCUCGAAGCGGCCACCCUGACGCCCAUGUCUUCCCGCCGGACUUCAGUCUCGAGCGACACCGUCCAAGCCUUUGCCGCAACAACAAGCAAGUCGAGUGAAGGAUCGGAGCUUCUAUGCGACCUCUCCCUCUCGUACGUCACCUCGGCCGCCUCCUGGUCCCCGAGCUACGAUCUCCAGCUCUUCACGACGAACAACAGCGGCACGCUCUGCUACGACGCCCGCAUCACCAACGAGACCUCCGAGACCUGGAGCAACUGCAAGGUCAUCCUCUCGACCUCCCAGGCCCUGUUCUCCGGGCUCGAGAACAGCAUCCCGACCCUGAAGCCCUGGAACAUCAAGCUCGCCCCGAAGAACGGCCAGGGGAGCGACAUCCUCGACAGCGCCGAGGAGCGGCUGCAACGAAGAGGCUGGUGGAGCGUCCAGCAGCGGGCGGCCCAGACCUCGAAGCCUCGUUCACAGCUGUUCGGUGUCGACAAUUCCGUCCUUGCCACCUCGUCUGAGGCUCUCAGCUCGUACCAGAGCGGCUUGAUGCUGCUCGAGCAGCAGAACAAGGGCAGAUUGGUCAUGCAACAGCUGGAACAGCAACGACAACAGCAGCAGCAACAACAACAGCAAUCGAUGCCGCCACAAAUGCUAAAGGAGUCAGCGCCGGGCGGACGCGGCUCCUUUGCGUUCGGCGCCUCCAUGUCCCAGGCUGCGCCGAAGGCAUCACGCAAGAUGUCCGCCUUUACGGCGAAGCAGGACAGCGAAAACGAAGACUACAGAAGACAGGAAGAACAGAACACCAUGGAGUGGCCGGUCAUGCCGAGCCUGGACGAGAACGUCGACUUCCAGGAGUCGACCGUGGAAGAGACGGGCUUCACCACGACCUACGACCUCCCCGGCACCAAGACGCUCCCUCCUCGCCCGACCCCGUCCAAGCAGCGAGUCGCGCGCGUCGGCUUCUCCAACAUAGUCUUCAGCCACACGGUCGUCGCCAAGUACAAGCCCGUCGCCUACCUCAAAGCCAAGAUCCGCAACAACAGCCGGCUCACGCUCCUCCGGGGCGAGACGGGCCUCACCCUCGACGGCACCUUCUUGGGCCGCGCCCGACUGCCCCUAUGCAGUGACGGCGACAUGUUCUCCCUCGGCCUCGGCGUCGAUCCGGCGAUCAAGGUCAACUACCCCAAGGUCGACGUGCGGCGGACCACGACGGGGCUCUUCUCCAAGGAGAACAGCUCCGUGUACACGCGCAGCAUCACCGUCGCCAAUACCCGCGCGGCGGCCGGCAAGCCCGUGUCUCUGUUCGUCCUCGACCAGGUGCCGGUAUCCGAGGACGAGCGGCUCAAGGUCGACGUGCUGGCGCCCAAGGGGCUCGUGGUCAACGGCGCCAGCGUGGCCACCGGACGGCCGGCUCGCGAGGGCAAGGACGACGCCGACUGGGGCAAGGCGACGGCUUUGUUGAGAAAGGGGGGGCAGGUCGACUGGCAGGUGACGCUCAAUGCGGGCAAGGCUGUGAAGCUUGGCUUGGAGUACGUCGUUGCGCUGCCAUCCGGCGACUCUGCUGUUGAGUGUUAG